GGCUGCUGAAACGGGGGAGAUGAAACUGGUCCGUGAACUGGACCCACAGCCGGUGUGUAUUUUCAUAAUUGUAAGGCCUACAAUAAGUAUUCUGGCAAGAGAAGAUCUAUCAAGAAUUUACAAGCUAGAUCCCAGUGUAGCCGUUAACAUCCCAAUGUCAACACGCACACUAGUAAACUUUCAAGACAUUUCCCUAAGCCCAAGACAAAGCAGGUGACAGGGACAUCCCUGUGUAGGAAGAAGCGUUCUUCGCCCAGGUCCGAAGAGAAGGUGGCUCGAAGUAGGGAGAUGUCUGGCAGUCGGGAGUGAGAAUUGACGAAAUGGGAGGAAAAUACACCAUGCAGAAGAAUGGAUACGAUGAGAUUGCUGCUGUGGCUGAGUGUGAGAGAGACAAUACUGGUGGUUGACAGCAUAAUUGACAUCGGCAGCACAUUAUACAACACUCUUGAGGAUCAUGGCAGACACCAAUCAGCCUCGUGUUAUGUUGUGGGCGGUUUACCGUUCAUGCUCCACGGCAACCAUGCGAGCCUUAAGCACAAUCGAAGGAGGAAAAUACUUCUACGAGCCCUAUACCGCUGCUGCAUACUUUGGCCCAGAAAGGGUGUUUCCGAGAGUGAAUAGUGUACCUGACAAGGCUACCAGUGAUCUUCCUGGUUCGGACCUCGCCUACGAUAACCAGGUGAAUACAUUUUCCUGGGUAAAACAGACAUUAGAAGAAGAACAUGAAGGGGCCAGACUAGUAUUCGUUAAGGAUCACGCAUACAGUCUGAAGAUAGCAGGGAAAGGUUGGGAUGAAAUCCCAAAUGGAUAUCGGCACACUUUCCUUAUUCGUAAUCCCAACAAAACAAUUCCAUCAUGGAGGAAACUCAACUUGGAGUUCAAACCAUCUUCUGGAACAAUGGAUGAAGAGCAGAUGGAGGCGUGGCAGGAUCUACAGAUGGGCAGUCUCGCAGGAGGGUUUCACAGCUUGCUUGAGCACUACGAAUACGUCAGAGAAAACCUUGACCCCAACCCCUUCGUCAUGGAUGCUGAUGAUCUCCUGGCCGACCCGGAAGCAAUGAUACCGGCUUACUGUCAGGCAACAGGGACACCUUUCAGGAAAAAGAUGGUGGAAUGGGGAGAAGACAACGGAGUACCCGCCCAAGCCAGAUGGAUCAUUUGCCGCCCCAAUCUGGCAUCAUUUCAACUCCAUUGCAAACAAAAGGCUAUCACUGCCGCUUGCUUCUCAAAAGAAGUGGAAUCGGAGAUCAAAUCGAUACCAAGUCCGAAAGUAGCUGCACUCAUUCAGCGUUGUAUGCCCUUCUAUGAAAAACUUUACCAGCAGCGCCAUGUUCUAGAGUGAUAACAUCAUCUGCGUGGUACGUGCGGGUUUCGUACGGUCUUUGAACGACCACUUUGGACCUGCGUAAUGCCUACAUUGGUCUAAAGGCAGUGGACACUAUUGGUAAUUGUCAAAGACUAGCCUUCACAGUUGGUGUAUCUCAACAUU